AUGAGUGAUGAGUUAUCCGGCAGAGACAGCAAGUCUCACUUGAAAGAAUCAAAAAAAGAGAAGAAAGAAAGAAAGAAGGAGAAAAGUCGUCAGAAGGAUAGAGAGACCAACAAGGGUGAGAAAACACCUUCUCAUGAACCUCAUAAAACACAUUCCGAUCUUGAAGAGAUAUCUAUUGAUCUAGAAGCAAAUGUGCCUUUGUCUAAGAAAGAUCAGAGGCUUUUAAAGAAAGGAAAGUUGGAUAUAACGAAGCCCACAAACUUAAACUCGAGUGCAGAGAAUGAAGCUGGAACAAAGAAGUCAGAUUUUGGCGUAUGGAUUGGUAAUUUAUCUUACGACACUACAGUUGAGGAUUUAAGACGAUAUUUCGUCGCCAAAACGGCUUCAUAUAAACUGCUUGAUGAAAGUGAGCUGGAUCUCGAUUUAUUGAAAAUUGAAGAAUCUGAUAUCGUUAGAAUCAACUUACCGAGGAAGGAUAAAAAGAUUAAAGGGUUUGCAUACAUGGAUUUUGCAGGUCCUAGACAUGUAAUCAGUGCAGUUUCCCUAAGUGAAACUCAGUUAGGUGGGAGAAAUCUAUUGAUUAAAGAUGUCCAUUCUUUUGAGGGUAGACCAAAGAAAGAUCCCUCUAAGUCUCUCUCUAAAAAUCCACCGUCUAGGAUCCUAUUUGUUGGGAAUUUAUCAUUCGACACCACAAAAGAUCUCCUCGAAGAACAUUUUAGACAUUGUGGUACUAUUGUGAAUGUGAGAAUGGCAACGUUUGAAGACUCUGGAAAAUGUAAAGGUUUCGCAUUCAUAGAUUUCAAUGACGAAAGCGGUCCAACAACCGCCUUGAAAUCCAAACUAGCAAAGAAAUUGAUCAAUCGGCCCUUACGUUUAGAGUAUGGUGAAGAUCGCUCUAAACGUACCCCUAGUAGAAAGCGAAUCUUACCAGAUGAAGACUCCACCGAAACAACAGGAAGAAAUGACAUAGAAGAUGAUAAUAAAACUCCUCCCAACACUAGGGAGUUUCCAGUUAAGCGAGGUAAGCCUGACAAAUAUCAUGUAAACGAUAACAAAAGAAUGAAGUCAUCUGUUGCAUUAGCAACGGCACAGAGAGCGAGUGCCGCAAUCCUUCCAUCCACAGGUAAAAAGAUUAAAUUCGAUUAA